GCCACAUGGGGCAGCUGGUAGAAAUGAGGCGGAGAACCCAAAGAGAAGAUGAAGCAGAGAUGCUGGGAAGACGGCGGAAGAUCAUCGGAGUUGCGUCCAUUCGAACAGGGGAUACAACCCAAAUCAAGAAGGGGCUUCUGCUGCUCUGCAUACGCUUCUUGUGUGCAUCACACCUUGAGUAAGUCGCUCCCUGGCUUCUUUUUAAGCUAACAGAAACUGCUUCAAAAUAUCGGAAUUCUGAUUCUUAUUGUCAAAUAUCUUAUAUGAUUCACAUGGGUCGAGUAUAGAUGGAUGAUCUGCUACAAGAAAUGCGCCUACAAAUUGUCCGUGAAGAAUCCAAAUCAAAUUUAUUGAACUUUGUUGGAGACGUUACAGAACCCGAAUCAAGAAGGGCCCUCUGCUCUGCAUAUGCUGCUGUGAAUCGAAGCUUGAAAAACUAUGGUUCUUCAAGGUGGUGUUUAGACGAACUUGUGCAAAUCAUGAAAUGUAAGAAAGAAAAUGGACAAAUUGUUAUACCAGUCUUCUUCAAGGUGGAUCCAUCACAUGUAAGAAACCAAUCAGGCCCUUUUGGACUGGCUUUAGCUCGGUAUGAAGGUCAUCCAACGAUACAAACAUGGAAGAAUGUUUUGACCAAAGCUGCUAAUUUAUCUGGAUGGGAUUCACAGGUCACAAGGCCUGAGGCUACACUUAUUAAAAGUAUUGUUGAAGAUAUUUUGGGCAAGCUUUACUACACUUCCUCAAGCAAUUUUGGUAAUCUUGUUGGAAUGAGUUCUCACUUUGAGAAAAUUGAAUCAUUACUGAGCACGAUUGAUGAAGAUAUUCGCAUAAUAGGACUUUGGGGGAUGGGCGGUAUUGGUAAAACGACACUUGCUAGAGAAUUUUUUAACCAUUUUUUCCCCCAAUUUGAAGGGCAUUGUAUUAUUGAAGAUGUAAGAGAAACAUGUGAGAAGCGUGGGCUAAGUGAGUUACGAGAGAAACUUGUUACUGGAUUACUGAAGGAUGGGAACUUAAAUGUAGGCACUCCUAAUCUAGGAAUUCCUUUUAUAAGGGAAAGGCUCCGUCGUAUGAAAGUUCUUAUUAUUUUGGACGAUAUAAGUGAUUUUCAGCAUAUAGAGCUUUUAGUUGGAUGGCGUGAUUGCCUAGGUCCUGGAAGCAUUGUCAUGAUAACAAGUAGGGAUAAACAAGUGCUUAGGAAUGGAGUUGAUGGGAUCUAUGAUGUUCCAGGGUUGGAUUACAAUGAAAGUCUCCGUCUUUUUAGUCGAUACGCUUUCAAACAAGAGCAUCCACCAGAAGGUCAUCAAAUGAGAUUGUCAAACAGGGCAAUAAAUUAUGCAAAAGGUCAUCCUUUGGCUCUUAGAAUCUUGGGUUCCCAUCUAUAUGGAAGGAGCAAGCAAGAAAAGGAAAGUGCACUGAGGAAAUUAGAGAGAACCCCAAACAUGGCUGUGCAGCAAGUGUUGCUUAUCAGUUAUCAUGGACUGGACUACCAAGAAAAAAAUUUGUUUCUUAAUAUUGCGUGUCUCUUUGAAGGAGAGUAUGUUAAUGAAGUCAAAUGCUUCCAUGAUGCUUGCAAUUAUUCUAUGGAUAUCGUACUUGGUGUGCUUAUUGACAAAUCUCUUAUAACUAUUCGAACGGGUCGAGUAUGGAUGCAUGACUUGCUAAAAGAAAUGGGUCGACAAAUUGUUCGUGAAGAAUCCAUUGAAGAGCCGGGGAAACGCAGCAGGUUGUGGGAUCAUCAUGACAUCUGUGAUGUAUUGACAAAGAACACGGGGACUGAGACAGUCAAAAGCAUAUUGUUGGACGUGUUUAAACUAAGACAAUUAAGCAUAAAUCCUAUAGCAUUUGAAAGGAUGCACAAUCUUGAGUUCCUCAAAAUCAGAGUCUGUUCGUCUUCUGUGUGCCUUCCUCAUGGCCUUGAUUCUCUUUCUAACAAGUUAAGAUAUAUGUAUUGGGAGCAAUACCCUUUGACAUAUUUACCAUCAAAGUUUCAUCCAGUGAAUCUAGUUAAGCUCGUAAUGCCUAACAGCCAUGUUGAACGACUAUGGAAUGGAAGACAGAAUCUUGUGCACUUGAAGGAGAUUGAUCUCUCUUACUCAAAGAAGUUGAUCGAAAUCCCAGACCUCUCACUGGCUACAAAUCUUCAAGAACUGGUUCUUAUGUUUUGCGAUAGGCUUAAGAAUCUUCAAGUUAGAAAUAUUUCUAAUUUGAAAUGUCUGAAUCUUCGGGGCUGUUCCCUUAUCAAGAAAUUCCCAGAGGUAUCAUUGGAGAUCCAAUAUUUAUAUUUAGAUGGGACCGCAAUCGAAGAAGUUCCAUCAACAAUCUGCAAUCUCAAAUCCCUAAUUGCGUUGGACCUUGGUGGGUGCACGAGGCUUAAGAGUCUCCCCACCAGCAUUUAUAAACUAAAACCACUCGUGGAUUUUGGUGUGCGUUUUCCAUUGAAAAGAAGGGAGCAUCAACAAGAAGUUAAUAUACAUCUGAGGGAGUUGACUGAUCUUUUUGUGUGGUUAUCUUCGGUGGAAAGGCUGAAUCUCUCUGGAAACAAUUUUCAGAAAAUACCUGUUGCCAUCAAACAGCUUACCAAUCUCAUACAUCUUAACCUGGAGGACUGCAGGAGGCUUCAAUCACUUCCUGAGCUUCCAAUGAAUAUCCAAUUUAUAUAUGCAGCGAAUUGCAUAUCACUAGAAAUGGUGGCAAGUCCUUUAUCCACAGCUGCCAGAGGAGUAUUUGACUCUUGCAAAGCUCAAGAUGAUACUGUUUUUCAUUUUCCAAAUUGUUGGAAAUUGGACCAAAAUGCACGAAAUAGCAUAGUGGCAGAUGUAGAAUCGAGGUUGCUGCACGGGAAAGCCAUUUAUCCAGAAAGCAUAGUGAACACUGGAGUAGCCAAUAUCAUUUUUCCAGGAGGUGAUGUUCCAGAUUGGUUCAAAUAUAAAAGUGGGGAAUCCUCACUAACUGCAAAGCUUCCUCCACAUUGGUGUAAUGCUGAGUUAUUCUGCUUGGUUUUCAGCAUUGUUCUUGAUUUCAAGGACUUCCCUAAAUACAGCAAUCUCUGUUUUGUGAACUAUAAUUGCCACAUAAGAACCGACAGAGAUGACAGCUUCAGUGCCAACUGUGGUUUGGAGUUUAUUUGGAGAUCUGAAGAUGCUAUUCAGUCAACUCAAGUCUGUUUAGUUUAUAAUCAAUCAUUGGUAAAUGAUUGGAGAAGGAUACCUAAAGAAGCAGAUGAUGCGGAUGAGAUCUCAAUUGAAUUCUAUGCUGAAGAAGAUGCUAUAAACUAUUGUGUGGUCAAAAAGUGUGGCGUCCAUUUGCUAUACACUCGUGACAUAGAAGAUAGAAAUUGUUGUUCAGUGGUCCAACCUAACUCUCCUUGUGGUGAUCUGACCCAUUUCUUCUUGAAGCAAGAUUGUGUGGAUGAUGUUGAAGAAUCAGUGACACAAGAUGCUAAAGAUAGUGGAGGCUACAAUGACAGUAGUUUCAAUGUGGGUAACCCUAUUGAAAAGUUAGCUCCAGUACUAAGCAGGAAGAAAAUGAAAUGGAAGCUAAAUACAUUUAGAUUUACUAAAUUUCUAAGGGUUCGACGAAAAUCAACUCGAAAAGUUUCGAGAAACUAUUGUAAGGUCAAAAGAGUUCCCCAUGGCAGAGAAGAUGAUGUAGACCUUCAAUGAUCCAACCCAACUCUACUUGGGAUGAUCCGACCAGUCCUCCUUGAAGCAAGGUAUGUGGAUGAUGACGUCAAAGAGCCAUUGUUUCAAGAUACUAAAGAUAAUGGAGGCUAUAGCAACAAUUGUUUCAAUGUGGACAACCACAGUGAAGAUUCAGCUCCAGCGAGGAAGAGAAGGAGAAAAAUAAACUGGAAUAUAAAGAUGGGCCUGGAACCUAUGAGGCUAUGGCAUGCCUUCAAAGAUGUAUAUGUUGAUCAAUGAAAACAACUCGAAAAGGGGGGCCUACAAUUCUAUCCAGUUCUGCUCCUGUUUCAGCAAAAAAUUUCUUCAGUUCAAGUCUAUGCUAGAAGCUCAGCAGAGGAUGUAGCUGAUCGUUCAAGGCAGAGAAUGUUGGUGUUGGUUGAAUUCUGUACUCUUUUGGUUGAAUAAUGGAUGGAAGGUGUGCUGUUUGAGUAUCACUUGACUGACUUGAAGGGGGUAACUUGUUCUUAAGAAGAAAAAGAUGAAAUGAAAGAGUUGUAAAUACUUUUUUGGUUACGUAAUUUGGUUUUAGGGUGCGUUCCAAGAUUGCAGGAUUAGUGUUGGUUUAUUAAAUAAGCUUAUAUUAUUAUGUCAAACUUUGCAGCACAAAUAAAACCAAGCAAAAACGUUGUGAAUUGUGAACC